UCCUCCUCCACCUAAUAACAUUAAUUAUUCCCUUUUUUACUUCCUCUCAUCCUUUUUACAAAUCAUCACACAAACAAAGAAGCUUUUUCAUCGAACACAUGGGAGACAGGCACCACCAGGACUUAAACGGCGCCUACUACGGCCCAUCGAUCCCACCUCCAAGGAAAGUCUCUCACAGCCACGGCAGAGGCGGCGGCGGCUGCUGCGGCUGCAUAGGCGACUGCCUCGGCUGCUGCGGAUGCUGCAUCUUGAGCGUCAUCUUCAACAUCCUCAUCACCAUAGCCAUCCUCUUAGGCAUAGCCGCUCUGAUCAUCUGGCUAAUCUUCCGACCAAACGCCAUCAAGUUCCACGUCGCCGACGCCAAGCUCACGCAGUUCACGCUCGGCGCGGACAACAACCUCCGCUACAACCUCGACCUCAACUUCACGAUCCGGAACCCUAACCGCCGCAUCGGCGUCUACUACGACCAGAUCGAGGUCAGGGGAUACUACGGAGACCAAAGAUUCGGUAACGGCAACGUGGCGCCGUUCUACCAGGGGCACAAGAACACGACGGAGGUGGGGAGUAAGCUCGAGGGACAGGGCUUGGUGGUGCUUAACGGCGGAGAUCGGAAGGAUCUGGACGAGGAUUUGAAGUCGGGGAUAUACAGGAUCGACGCGAAGCUGAGGCUUAGGGUGAGGUUUAAGUUUGGGUUGAUCAAGUCGUGGAGGUUCAAGCCCAAGGUUAGGUGUGAUCUCAAGGUUCCUCUCGGUUCCUCUAAUGUAACCAGCGGGUUUCAGUUUCAGCGGACCAAGUGUGACAUUGACUUUUGAUGCUAGUCAAAGUCAAAUGCUAUUGUGUUCGGAUUCCGUUUUCAUUUAUAUGCACUUGUUUAUUUUUAUCUUUAGUUGUUUAUCUUCAUUAUUUGCGUACAUGGACUUUAUGUGAUAUUGUUGGAGAGGUAUAUAUGUUUUGUGUAAUAAUCUUUUUAGCGUAUGGUUCCAUGUAAAUAAAAUAGUUUUUCGUAUAAA